UGACAGUCCAUGGGUGGGUGUCAUGCCGGGCGGUGGUCUUUCUAAUACCUGCCGGGACCGAUUGCUUGUCGGCGGAUCGGGUGCUAGGCGGUCCGGUAAGCUGCAAGCCAAGGGCGUUUAACUGCGACGCAGAUCACUCGAUGAAAACGCCGCCAUUUGACAGGAAUGUUCGGUCUGUGAGCGCAUACCCCGCUGGCUUGCACUUCUCCCUCGGACGGAGGAUGAAAAGACGAAUGCAUAAAGGUUUAUGCAUAUCCUACACUUUCCGUAUACCGGCACGAACUGUUCUUUAAGACGAUCUCUGCAGUCAGCCAUCACUAGAAAAUUCCCAACGCUAUUGCUCUCAAUCCCACCUCUCAAUUCCAUUCAACCACCGUUCACAAUGCCUGCCACUCGCGCAAUAUUCACUGAUACCACUGGCGAGCCGUAUAUCGCGCCCGUCGAUGAGAUCUACGCACCUCUCCCGAACGAAGUGCUGGUGCAGGUCGAAUUCUCUGGGAUCAACCCAGCCGAUUUAGGGCAUGCCCGGGUGGGAUUCAACAACACAGUGGCCGGGUAUGACUUCUCUGGCACGGUGAUAGCGACUGGCGCCGAGCGCGCAGGGGAAUUCCAUGCUGGCGAUCGCGUGAUGGGCUUCGCGGCGCCCGCGCUGGACAAGCCCAAGCAGUACGGAGCGCACCAGGACGUCCACUGCGCCCGCCAUUUCGUCUACCACGUGCCAGCCGCCAUGCCGAUGGAGGAGGCCGCAUGCUUCAUGGUAGUAACGCACACAGCGGCCGACGCCCUCUUCAACCAGCUCCACCUCUCGCUGGACGCGUCCGGCGGCGAUAAUCCUGAAACCCAACCCCUCCUAAUCUGGGGCGGCGCCAGUGCCGUCGGCACGGCGGCCAUCCAACUCGCCGCCAAGGCCGGAUGCACUCCUAUCCUCACAACGGCCUCCCCGCACAACCACGCGGCCCUGCGCCAGCUCGGCGCUACAGAGUGCUUCGACUACGCGGACCCAGACGUCGUCAGCAAAAUCCGCGCCGCGCUGGCGAAAUACACCUCCCGGCCCCUAGCGCGCGUGCUGGACGCGGUUGUCGCCCACAGCCCGCCCGCUUCCUCGACGACCCUCUGCGAGGCGUGCGUCGAUCACGCCACCGUGAACGCGCUGUUCACCUCGCCCGUCCCCGCGGCAAAGGAGGCAACCCGACUCUGGACUCGCACCUUUGCCUGUCGCAACGUGGCCGUCGACUUCACCCUGCCGGACGGGACCGUGCUCCGACACGCCCCAGAUCAACAGAUGCAGGACCGCAUCGACCGCGUGACCCGCUGGGCCAUCGCCGCGUACGGCACGGAAUACAGGAUGCCCAAUGUAGCAGUAGUGCAGGGCGGCGAGGCGGGCAUGCGUGCCAUGCGCGAUGCUGUGGCUGGGAAGGCUAGUAUGCAGAAGUUUGUCAUCCAGCAUCCGAUUUAGACUAUAGACAGUAUAUUUUCC